CACCGUCUUCGAGAACUACGUCCUGGGCAUGACGUUAAACUGCCCUCACCAUCAGUGACCGGUGCGCUGCGGGCCUAGACUCUGCCCAGCCCAAGCCAUUCACAAACGGCGGGUGUAAGACCGUCGCAGUGCUAGGUCAGCUACCGUGGUCACUUCCACACACCACAAUGUCCAACUCUCAACGUCACAACCACCACAACAACCACAACAACAGCCCACCCAACAGCCGUCCGGUCCACCAGGGCCUCAUUCCAACUCGUGGAUUUCGCAGACAACCCAAGAGGAAUCCACUCAGCAUUCUUCCUCCGCCCAGCCGCAAGCUCAAGGCCCGAAACUUCUGGCCCCUUCAUCAGGGGUCAGUAAGUGGGCAGCCUCUGCGAGCUGGGCUUGGGACCGCGACGGCUGUGACUCCGGUCCACCAGGCACCCAUGCCGGUUUCGGUGUUUCGACAUCAUCAGUCGACACUUUCCCCUUGCUCUUCUGUGCAAGAUAUUUCGCAUAUCUUCCAGUCUGUUCCAACCAGCCCAUGAUCACAUCACACUCAACUUGUGAUUGUGGUCGCCCAG